AUGACACUUUUCCACGGCCUGAACGGCGUGCGGAUCGAGAACCAGGGCCGGCAGUCGCUGCUGGUGUUCUUCAACGUGUCAGAGGAGGACUACGGCAACUACACCUGCGUGGCUAUGAACAACAUGGGCAUCACCAACGCCAGUAUAAUCCUCUACGGUCCAGGGGCCAUGCACGAUGUGAACGGAGCUGCGGUCAUCCCCGGCUUCUCCCUAUGGCUGCUCCUGUCUCUAAUCUCCUUCUACCUGCUCCAGUUCUGA